AUGGCUAUCUGUAGCACCUUCUUUGCGCGCAUGAACAUUCGGAAGCACACCUGGCGACACCCGAAUGGCGAAUCGUGCACACAAAUCGAUCACGUUUUGGUGGAUGGUCGACACUUCUCGGACGUGAUGGACGUCCGAUCGUACAGAGGACCGAACAUCGACUCUGAUCACUUCCUGGUAGCGUGUAAAAUCCGAGCUAGGCUGUCGAACGUGCUGACCCCGCGGACUGCGAGGGUAGCGCGGUUGAACGUCCAGCGCCUCGCGAGCAGCGACGUUGCUGCAGAGUACAGUCGGAAGCUCGACGAGCGGAUCAACGAGGACGCGCCUACGGGUAACCUGGACGAGCAAUGGGGAGUCCUCCAGAGCAUCGUCAACACAACGGCUACCGAAGUGAUCGGCACGACCAGAGGACGCAAACCCAAAGGGUGGUUCGAUGCGGAGUGCCAGCGAGUGACGGACGAGAAGAACGAGGCCAGGAAGCGUAUGCUCGUUAAGGGUACGCGCCGAAACUGUGAGCGAUACAGUGAGUUGCGAAGAGCAGAGAAACGAAUCCACCGCCGAAAAGAACGGGAGUACGACGAAACGGUACUUGCCGAAGCGGAAGCACAGUACAACGCGAACGAUAAGCGGAGGUUUUACGCAACUGUCAACGGUGUAAGAAGGAAAACCACGCCUUCUCCUGUGAUGUGCAACGACACGGAAGGCAACCUGUUGACAGACAAGACUGCGGUGGCGGCUAGGUGGAAGGAGCACUUCCAGCAGCUGUUGAACGGUGAGGCACGAGAGGGAAUCGUCGAGGACAGGAUACACGUUGAGGAAGAUGGAAAAGCUGUGGACCCGCCUACGUUGGAGGAAGUAGCUAAGGCUGUUAAAGAGCUCAAGAUCGGGAAAUCCGCGGGAAAGGACGGACUUCCGGUCGAACUUUUCAAGCACGGGGGUUCGCGGAUGACCGAGAGUCUGCACCAAAUCAUCCUACGCAUUUGGUGCGAAGAACAGCUUCCGACCGACUGGUUAGACGGGCUCAUCACCCCAAUCUACAAGAAAGGGCAAAUACUCGAUUGUGCCAACUAUCGAGGCAUCACAAUCCUCAACGCAGCGUACAAAGUACUCUCCCGCAUCCUGUGGAGCAAGCUGAGACCGAUGACCGAGACCUUUGUCGGCGAAUACCAGUGCGGUUUUCGAGCGGGUCGGUCAACGACGGAUCAGAUGUUCACUCUGCGACAAAUCCUCGACAAAUUCCGGGAGUACAACCUGCAAACACACCAUUUGUUCAUCGACUUCAAAGCGGCGUACGAUUCGGUCAAAAGAAACGAACUUUGGAAGAUUAUGGUAGAACACGGCUUUUCGGCGAAGCUUAUAAGACUGAUUCGUGCAACGCUCGACGGAGCAAAAUCAAGCGUGCGAAUAGCCAACGAGACAUCUGAAGCUUUCGUUACGUUGGAUGGAUUGAAGCAGGGCGAUGCUCUCUCUAACUUACUGUUCAUCAUAGCGUUGGAGGGUGCUGCGCGAAGGGCAGGCGUGCAAAGAAACGGAACACUCAUCACUAAAUCGCACAUGCUGCUUGGAUACGCUGACGACAUCGACAUCAUUGGUAUCGACCGUCGUUCAGUGGAGGAGGCGUUCGUCCCUUUCAAGCGGGAAGCUGCGAAGAUCGGACUAACCAUCAACACUGCCAAGACCAAGUAUCUGGUUGCUGGCAGAGCGCGUGGCAGUGCAGGUGAUGGUGUUUCGGAGGUGGAAAUAGAUGGAGAAAGAUAUGAGGUGGUGGAUGAGUUUGUAUAUCUUGGUACACUUGUGACGUGCGACAACGAUCCAGCUAAGGUCCCGCAGCCUAAGGACGCCUACAAAAUCACGCUGUACAGGACCUUGAUACUCCCUGUAGCUCUUUACGGUCACGAGUCGUGGACGCUAAAGGAGGCUGACCAGAGAGCACUUGGGGUCUUCGAGCGGAGAAUCCUGCGUUCUAUCUUCGGCGGCAAGCAAGUAGGAGACCGGUGGCGCAGGCGCAUGAACUUCGAGCUGUACCAAGACUACAAACAUGCUGAUAUCGUAAAAGUCAUCAAGCACGACAGGCUGAAGUGGGCUGGACAUGUAGCCAGAAUGUCGGAUGAGCGGGCGGCUAAAACGAUAUUCAGUAGCGAACCUGGACGGGGUCGUCGGCUUCGUGGAAGGCCUCGUACGCGUUGGCUGUGUGCAGUCGACGAAGAUGCAAGAGCGGUCAACAUUUUGGGCGACUGGAGACGAGCGGCCCAAGAUCGAGCAUCCUGGAAAUCUUCAAUUAGUUCAGCGUUGGGUCGAUAA